AUGGAAGUACCAACUAUUCCACCUAAGCCAUUACCAAAACCAGGAAGAAUUCAAGUUUUUAAAGCAACAGAAGAUUAUCAAUCUAAAAAUGAAAAUGAAUUAUCAAUAGAAAAGGGACAAUUAUUGUAUACAAGUGAUUUUGAUAAUUCUCAAAAUUAUGUUAAUAUAACAGUUAAUGGAAAAAAAGGAAUGGUACCAAAGAAAAUUUUGUCAAGCGAAAAAGCUGAAAUUCUUCAAUAUCCUCUUCAUGAGUCAUCAAGACGUGGAAAUAUAAAAUUUUUAAAAGAGUGCCUUAUGAAUGGUGUAUCACCUAAUAGUUUAGACAAAAGUGGAGCAACUCCUCUUUUCUGGGCAUGUCAUUCAGGGUAUGAUGAAGUUGUUAAAUUAUUAUUAUCAAUUAAAAAUAUAGAUUUAAAUAAUAGAAAUAAAAUGGGUGAUACUGCUUUACAUGCUGCUGCCUGGAAGGGUAGGGGUAAAAUUGUUGAGAUGCUUGUUGAACAUGGAGCUGAUCUACAUAUUAGAAAUAAUGAUAAUUUAAAACCUGUUGAUUUAGCUAAAGAUAUUGAAGUUGCAGCAUUCCUAAAAAUUGCUAUGAGUAAAGUUGUUGAAAAAGAAGAGAUUCAUUACUCUAGUGAAGAUGAAGAUUGUUAG